AUGGGGCAGAAGUUGACUGUCGAGGAGAGGAGGAAUAUCAAGCGGGAGGUGUACAUGCUGUACCCGGGUUUGGAGCAGCAGCUGGAGAUGGCCUUCACUUGCCACGACCUCCAAAAUGAGGGCAAGCUGCCAUACACGACGCUCGAGCCAAUCAUUCGCCAUCUGCUCAUGCAGUACGGCCUCAUCGAAUACGUUACCAGAUUCUCGGACUCUGCAGGAUGCCUCGAUUCUAGCCAAGUCCGCGCAGAGAUGAACGAAUUCGGCGUCAGCGCGGGCAACAUGUGCUGCGGAUCGCUCCUUUCUCUCGACGACUUCAAGAGUCUCGCUGUCAUCUGGCUUCGCAAGAUUCUCGACAGCCACGCGGAUGACCAAGCCGUGUGGAUGUCGAAGCUGAAGGCCGAGCAGGAGGAGCAGGCUGAGGCGUACACCCGGGCGAUGCGCGAGUUCCAGGAUUCCUUCACACAGCAGCAUGCCUUGUAUCAGCAGGGCCUGAUUGAGCAACAGAAGCAAAUCAGCGACUGGAACAAGUUGCUCGAGGACGCUCAGAAAACCCAGCAGAACAUCUACGAGCAGGAGAUGCAAAGAAUGGAGCAAGCUCGCGAGAAGGAAGCGCAUGCUGCCGAGGAGGCCAUGAAAGAGCAGAUGGAUCUCAUUAGCCAGUACAAGGAGAAGCUGGAGAAGAUCGCCGCCUCUGACAAGAGCGGAAAGUGCUUCGUGUAUCCGGCAGCUGCUACGCCGUACGGUGCCUGCGCUUCGGCUGGCGCUCAGGAGCCGACCCGAAGAAAGCGAAUGAAGAAGGAACACCAGCACCGUAUGUGCUGCUAG